AUGGAAAUCGUUAACGGAGUCAGCCUACUUCGGCGAUCUCUACCAACUGUUAGUAAGAAUAAGAUAAAAAAGAUUAGAGUUGUGUCUUACGCUGAUGGAUUGGUCUUGCUUCGUCUCAAAGAGGAGGAGGAGGAGGACCAGAUAGUGAUACGUUACUACGUUGGGAAUCCAGUGUUAGCACAAUGGAUUCAACUCCCUCCCUCUUCUCCUGAUCCUCCUAGAAACGCUUCUCCAUACCCUGGUCAUUACACUGAUACGGGACUUGUGACACGAAUGCGUAAUGGUGCCCUCUUAGGUUACAAGGUGGUUCGGAUAAAUAGCAAAGCAUGGCACCCUUUUCCUGGUUAUUAUUCUCAGACAUGGAGUUUUGAGGUUUUCUCAUCGGAUAAAGGUGAAUGGAGUGUUGAACAAGUCUCUUGUCCAGUUUGUGGUGUUAGUAUGCGCAACGUAUCCAAUCCUGGUUCUUUGAAUGGGAAACUUCACUGGCUUGAUGGCUCCCGCCGUGUUAUCGUUCAUGAUUUCUUCUCUUGUGAUGAUCAAGUUCGAGCAUUACCACUACCCGCCAUGAUGGAAAGCGCUGAGUGGCUACGGUCUGAGCGUCGACGACGUCAAAUAGAUAAAUGCCCCCUUCCACUCCGUAAGAAGAUCUGCACCACCUCGCAAGGAGAUUUUGUGAUUAUUGAUGUUGGAUCCAUAGACGAGGUCAAGAGCUAUAAUGUUAGAGUUAUGAGGCUCAAGACUGAUUCUUGGAACUGGGAAAAGGCUUGGGAAAUCAACAUGUCAUGUGUAGGGCUUGGAUUUAAGUGUGUCCCAAUGGCAAUCAACUGUUUUGACAUCAACAUCAUAUAUCUAUGGGACUUAGACCGUAACUGUUUCCUCGCUUGUAACAUUCGUACACAUAAGAUAUUGUGUGAUACUCGUAAAGAUGGUGCCGCUUACAACCCCAAAUAUUUCUGUCCUAUCUUUCGAGAAGAUCAUAUUACUCGUGAAGAUGGUACUUUCUACAAGGAAGAUACUUUCUGCUACGAGCCACGUUCAAGCCUUUUGCAUUUUGUUCUGUCCUUGCAAGUCAUACCUACAUAG